AAGAUGAGAUAUAUGAUGACAUUGAACCUUUUGCGUUGCCCGGGAGAAGCCCAGGCCUUCUGCUGCCUUCUGUGUCCCAGCCACCAGUGUAUCCUCGACCCAGAGGAGGUGAUGCUGGCCGAGCCUCUAACAGGGUUACCUUGCUGGCAGCUGCACAGAGAGAACCCCAGGUCUCUCAGAAGAUGAAAACCAUGACACUCAAGGAAUGCAAGAAAGAAGAGAAAAUGGACAGGGAGUUCCAGAAGAAAUUCAAGUUUGAAGGCAGCAUCAAAGUCCUGACUCAGAUGAUGGUCGACCCUGCAGCAUCAGAGAAGAGGGGAGGAGGGAAGAACCUGCCACUGAGAUGUGGAGAAAUCCUUGAUGUCAUUCAGUUUACAAAUCAGGAGCAAAUCCUCUGCCGGAACAGCCAGAGGAGGUAUGGCUACGUGCCCCAAGCCGUGAUGCUGCCCCUGGACACUGACAUCUACGAUGACGUUGAGAUUUAUGGUGGCUCUGAAGAUGGARCUGAAUAGAGACAACUGUAUUUCAGCUCUGCUCACAAGCACACACUUUAUCAAAUCCUGGCAGGCUGAGCCAUCCACACUAAGGCCAAAGGCACAAGACAGCACCACAGAGACCUCCCCAAGGGCCAAGACAUGAACUGCACCAGACACCAGGCUCCUUUUGUGAAGGAGCUCCACUGCUUCUGAGACAGACUGCAAAUGYACCGUGUCCUUGCCAGAAGAGCAGCACAGCAGCUCAGCACAUGGGACUGCACAGGUCCUGUCCCACAGGGCAGGGGGCCACAGACCCUCAAGUCACACCUUCACUGUGGCUCUGUUUUGUCUGUAU